GAACCUCGUGGUUCAUUCUUCUGUUGUGGUUUUUUACAACUUUGUUUCUCAUUUUGCCGCAAAUUUCAAGUUUGUCCUGCAAUAAUUAAAAUCAUGGCGGUUCGUUUGCAAUUCGAGAAUAAUAACGAAAUUGGUGUGUUCUCAAAACUCACAAACAAGUACUGUCUCGUCGGAAUCGGCGGCUCUGAAAACUUCUACAGCACCUUCGAGGUGGAAUUAGGCGAGACUAUUCCAGUCGUUCACGCAUCAAUUGCAGGCUGCAGAAUCGUCGGCCGUCUUACAGUUGGAAAUAAAAAUGGACUUGUUGUACCCAAUUCGACAACAGAUCAAGAACUUCAGCACCUUCGAAAUUCCCUUCCAGAUUCAGUUAAAAUUCAGAGGGUCGAGGAAAGAUUAUCUGCCCUUGGUAACGUCAUAGCGUGCAAUGAUUACGUUGCGCUUGUUCACCCAGAUCUAGACAGAGAAACUGAAGAAGUUCUCUCCGACACGUUGGGAGUAGAAAUUUUCCGACAGACUGUAGCUACUAAUUCACUUGUUGGCACAUAUUGUGUCCUGAAUGACCAGGGAGGGCUAGUUCAUCCCAGAACUUCCCUAGCUGACCAAGAGGAGCUUGCAGCUCUUCUCCAAGUGCCAUUAGUGGCUGGCACUGUCAACAGAGGGUCUGACGUUAUUGGGGCUGGGCUCGUUGUCAACGAUUUCUGUGCGUUCUGCGGCUCUGACACGACGAGUACAGAGCUCUCUGUUGUUGAAUCCAUCUUCCACCUGAACGACUCGAAGGCCAGCAGGAUCGGCGAGCAGCUUAGAGCGCCUCUGAUCGAUAAUUUGGCUUAAAUUGACGGACGAACUGAAGAAAACCGGGUUCUGAAAGAAACACAAAUGCAGGAACAGGUGUUUUUUUUGCAUUUUCCUCUAAUUGUGUACUAAAUAAAAUUGGAAUUUUUAAUUUCUAAA